AGGAUGAGGGUCUCCAUGGCUAUUUCCUUGCUUACCCUUGUGGCUGCUGUUGGAUCCCAGGCCAGGAUCAUACAUGACACAAAGAUAAGAGAGCAGGAGAGGAGAGACCACAAUUUUGGAUCACCAAUAAUUCAAAAUUUUCAAGGUUCUUCUGAUUGCUGCUUCUCCUAUGUGCCUCGAAGAAUCCGCUGUUCAAACUUUGUAGAUUAUUUUCUAACCAGUGGUGGGUGCAUUCAGCCGGGAGUCAUCUUUGUUACCAGGACAGGGAAACGCGUCUGUGCAAACCCCAGUGAUCUGAGAGUUCAGCAGUGCAUAGAGGAACUGAGGCAGAACUCUCAACUAUGGACCUAAGAACAACAAAAUUUGAUUAAGAGGAAGGGGCAUAUAUUGCCAGCCCUCCACUACCUGCCCUACUCCCCCAUUGACUAUCUAGGAGGUUCUAAGCAUGCAUUGUAAAAGAUAUACAAAGUAUUGGCUAAAAGUCAAAAUGUCCUUGGGCCUCUUAGCAACAUACUCUGUUCCAAAGGCCAAAAAUG